ACGUACUUUUGAUGGCCGACGGACAACGACAAAUCACUUUGUUUUCGUUUAAUUUUGUUUGCUAAAACGGGGAAUCCCCCGUAAUUCUAACAUUUAUUAUGAUGCAGCGUGGUUAAAUUUACUAUCCGUAUUUAUUUUACUCCUUCAAUUCUUCACAGCUAUCCUUGAACUUACUCCUGCAACCAAGCUUUUGUUCAAUGAACAAUAAAUCAGAUAUCAAACUAAGUAAAGCGUUGUCUUGGAUUUUGAGACAUGGAGCCGUUAAAGAAGGCCUAACUUUGAGCCCGGAAGGUUACACUCCUGUAGCUAAUCUACUGCAGCACCGGCUAUUCAAGGGCCAAUAUAAGAUUACUGACAUAGAGAGGGUAGUUGAAACAAAUGACAAGCAGAGAUUCAAACUACGAGUGAACCCUCUUACCCAUGCGUUGGAGAUACGAGCCAAUCAGGGCCAUAGCCUCAGUGGUGUCAGCGAAAGACUCACUCCAAUAAUAGAGGCGAAGUACCCGACAGUGGUGCAUGGGACCUACCUCAACAGCUACCAGUCCAUCAAGAAGGAAGGCCUGAGUCGCAUGAGCCGACAACACAUACACUUUGCUAAGGGAACUCCCGGUGACAAGACUGUCAUUAGUGGUCUGAGGAGGGACGCGGAAGUUUUCAUAUAUCUGGACUUGCAGAAAGCAUUGGACGACGGACUCAAGUUCUUUGAGUCGGAAAAUGGAGUUAUUCUGACGGCCGGCAACGAAGACGGAUACAUCCUGCCCAAGUAUUUCCUGAAAGCCACUAGCAACACUGGUUUGACACUCACAUGAGCGAUGGAGCCGCAGCCGCCCCACGAGCCGCGCGCCAUACACCCCGAGCCGUUCGUCCCCCCUCCCGAGCCCCGCGCCCCGCUUCCCGAGCAGCAUGCCCCGCCCCCUGCAACCCUCGCCCCGCCCCCCGAGGCCCGGGAGCCGCGCGGCCCACACCCUGAGCCCCGGGAGC